UGGCGGACAGACUGAUAUAUUGAAAUACAUCUCAGUUUUUAACUCCUUUUAAUUGAUAAGAUUCCCAUUUUUUUUAGAGUAAAGACUGAUUCAGCUUUUUUCGGACACUUCGCUGAUACUCUUAAUCGAGAAAAAGAUUUAAAUAUUGACGUUAAAUUUGGCAUUUUCCAACGUUAGUUUGCCUCGUCUGCAACAGCACGUCGCACGUGCACAUCAACUACAAGAUAUACUUUUGCCAGCAUGGAUAAUCUUACUCCAGAACAAAUACAACAACAAGAAGUCAGACAAGUUCAAAACUUCUUGUCUUACUACAACCGUCUGACAGAGUUGUGUUUUGCUGAUUGUAUCCAUGACUUCACCAACCGGAGAAUUGGGGCUAAUGAGAAUAACUGUGCAAUGCAUUGUACAGAGAAGUUUCUGAAGGUGAUUCAAAGAGUUGGUGUAAGAUUGCAAGAAGUACAAAUUAUGCAGAAUGAAGGACUGAUGGCUAAUCAGCCUCAGUAAGAAUCUUAAUGUCGUCAAGGGAUGGACUGUCAAAAGUUUAUACUUUAAAAAUUCCAACAAAUAUUUGUCAACUAUUUACCAAAAACCUUAAGAAUCAAAACAUUGUACAAAAUUUCAAUAUUUGUUUAAAAAUGUAUGAUCCCCCAGAUUUGUAUUUCCAUUUUAUUGUACUUCUGUUAACUCUCUUAAGCCUUUAUUCAUAGAUUUCUAUUUUUCUCCUUUUCUAUUCUUCAAAGUCACUGAUGUAAAUGUCAAGGCACAGGCAAGAUCUGAACAUUGUACAGGUGUUUUACUUCCUUUAUAGUCUGAUCUUUGAGUGUGUCUAUGGAAGCUCAAUUCCAUUGCUUUAGUAAAAGCUUUAAUAUUGUUGAACUUCUCUUUUAGCUGUAAAAAGCUGUGGCAAUAUGAAUGAAAAAUACACAGGAGUUAUUUGUGC